ACCAAGGAAAAGGGCCGCCUCACUCUCGUGGAGUAGGAAAGAUGGGGGAAAAAAAUCUAGACACGUCCCGAUCGAUCUCCCUAUAUAUACCACCACCAAAUUUUACUUUUGAUUUAGCAGCUAGUAGCGGCAGAUCAUGCUCUCAUCGUACAAAUAGCAGUCAGUAGUCUACUCAUUCAAUUCGCUCCGGCCUCUCGAUCGAUCUGCUGCCAUGGACGACUACGGCAACGCGAUCGUCGUCACGGGCACGGCGGCUCCGCUCAAAUACAACUGUCGCUCCGUGUCGCCGCCGUCGAGCGUGUCGUCGUCGUGCUCGCCGCCACCGCCUCCUCCUCCUCCUACUCCUCCUGCCGCCGUCCAGGUGGUGGUGGGCAACGUGGCGCCGACCGUCGUCCUGAGCCCGUGCGCGGCGUGCAAGAUCCUCCGGCGCCGCUGCGCCGACGGCUGCGUGCUGGCUCCCUACUUCCCGCCGACGGAGCCCGCCAAGUUCACCACAGCGCACCGCGUCUUCGGCGCCAGCAACAUCAUCAAGCUCCUCCAGGACUUGCCGGAGAGCUCGCGCGCGGACGCGGUGAGCAGCAUGGUGUACGAGGCGGAGGCGCGGCUGCGGGACCCGGUGUACGGGUGCGCGGGGGCGGUGUGCCGGCUGCAGAGGCAGGCCAACGAGCUCAAGGUGCAGCUGGCGCGCGCGCAGGCCGACCUGCUCAGCGCGCAGGCGCAGCACGCCGACCUGCUAGCCCUCUUCUGCGUCGAGAUGGCCAACCGCCGCGGCAACCGGCAGCAGCAGCAGCAGCCGUCGCCGCCGACGACGACGGUGGACGGCGGUGGCGGAAGCGAGUUCGGCGGCGCGGCGUACGGGCAGACGUUUUACGACUCGGACGACCUGGACUCGGCCACGUGGCCGGAUCACGAAGCCCAGCUCUGGACCUAGCUAGCUGAUGGGUGCAUGGAUAGUAGGUAACUCUCGAGUGCUACAGGUACUGCUUGUGCUGCCUUGUGUGCAGCAGCACCACCACAUGCAUGCAUAUACGCCGUACGUAGGGGUGGUAAUGGAUCACGAUCUAAAUGCCUCUUCAUAAAAGUUAAGACCCUUAAAUAAUAUAAGUUCAAAAAUGAAUAAGAAUAGAGCCUGAUCCUAAUCCGAUUCAAUCCUUAAAAUUCGCAGCGUAAAGUUUAUAGUCCAUUACCACCCCUGACCGUACGUGCUGCUACGUGUGUAGGGAGCGGCAACGUUUCUGCUACCUCGUCGGUCGGAUGCUGCAACAACGCUGUGUAUAGCCCGGCCGUCAAUACGAUUAUUUGCUCGUGAAUGCAUAUAUUAUAUUA